AUGGCCGCUAAGUCAGACGGGAGGCUGAAAAUGAAGAAGAGCAGCGACGUGGCGUUCACUCCGCUGCAGAACUCGGACCACUCGGGCUCGGUGCAGGCAUUGGCUUCGGGCUUGCCGUCGGGGUCGGGAGCCGAGGACGAGGAGGCGGCCGGGGGCGGCUGCUGCCCGGACGGCGGCGGCUGUUCGCGCUGCUGCUGCUGCUGCGCCGGGAGCGGCGGCUCGGGCGGCGGCUCGGGGGUCUCGGGCGGCCCGGGCGGCGGCGUUGGCGGCCCGGGCGGCAGCGGGGCGGGCUCGGCGGCGCUGUGCCUGCGCCUGGGCAGGGAGCAGCGGCGCUACUCGUUGUGGGACUGCCUCUGGAUCCUGGCCGCUGUGGCUGUGUACUUCGCGGACGUGGGCACGGACAUCUGGCUCGCCGUGGACUACUACUUGCGCGGCCAGCGCUGGUGGUUCGGGCUCACGCUCUUCUUCGUGGUGCUCGGCUCGCUCUCGGUGCAAGUGUUCAGCUUCCGCUGGUUUGUGCACGAUUUCAGCACCGAGGACAGCGCCACGGCCGCCGCCGCCGCCUCCAGCUACCCGCAGCCUGGAGCCGAUUGCAAGACCGUGGUCAGCAGUGGGUCUGCAGCCGCGGAAGGCGAGGCUCGCCCUUCCACGCCGCAAAGGCAAACAUCCAACGCCAGUAAGAGCAACAUCGCCGCCGCCAACAGUGGCAGCAACAGCAGCGGGGCCACCCGGGCCAGCGGCAAACACAGGUCUGCGUCCUGCUCCUUCUGCAUCUGGCUCCUGCAGUCACUCAUCCACAUCUUGCAGCUCGGGCAAAUCUGGAGAUAUUUCCACACAAUAUACUUAGGUAUUCGAAGUCGACAGAGUGGGGAGAAUGACAGAUGGAGGUUUUACUGGAAAAUGGUGUAUGAGUAUGCAGAUGUGAGUAUGCUGCAUUUGCUAGCCACCUUUCUGGAAAGUGCUCCACAGCUGGUCCUGCAGCUCUGCAUUAUCGUACAGACUCAUAGCUUACAGGCCCUCCAAGGUUUCACAGCAGCAGCCUCCCUCGUGUCUUUGGCUUGGGCCUUGGCCUCUUACCAGAAGGCCCUCCGGGACUCUCGAGAUGACAAGAAGCCCAUCAGCUACAUGGCCGUUGUCAUCCAGUUCUGCUGGCACUUCUUCACCAUCGCUGCCAGGGUCAUCACCUUCGCCCUCUUUGCCUCAGUUUUCCAGCUGUACUUUGGGAUCUUCAUCGUCCUUCACUGGUGCAUCAUGACCUUCUGGAUUGUCCACUGUGAGACAGAAUUCUGUAUCACCAAAUGGGAAGAGAUUGUCUUCGACAUGGUGGUGGGGAUCAUCUACAUCUUCAGCUGGUUCAACGUCAAGGAAGGCAGGACACGCUGCAGGCUCUUCAUUUACUAUUUUGUCAUCCUUCUGGAAAAUACAGCCUUGAGUGCCCUCUGGUACCUCUACAAGGCUCCCCAGAUUGCAGAUGCAUUUGCCAUCCCAGCGUUGUGCGUGGUGUUCAGCAGCUUUUUAACUGGCGUUGUUUUUAUGCUGAUGUAUUAUGCCUUCUUUCACCCCAAUGGACCCAGAUUUGGGCAGUCACCAAGCUGUGCUUGUGAGGACCCGGUCGCUGCCUUCACUCUGCCUCCAGAAGUGGCCACAAGCACUCUACGGUCCAUCUCCAACAACCGCAGUGUUGUCAGCGACCGCGACCAGAAAUUUGCAGAGCGAGAUGGUUGUGUACCUGUCUUUCAGGUGAGGCCCACUGCCCCAUCCACUCCAUCAUCUCGCCCACCACGGAUUGAAGAAUCUGUCAUUAAAAUUGACCUGUUCAGGAAUAGGUACCCAGCAUGGGAGAGACAUGUUUUGGACCGAAGCCUCCGAAAGGCCAUUUUAGCCUUUGAAUGUUCCCCGUCUCCUCCAAGGCUGCAGUACAAAGAUGAUGCCCUUAUUCAGGAGCGUUUGGAGUAUGAAACCACUUUAUAA